AUGAAUCGUCCAACUACUGCUAUGUCAUCGGCUCGCAAAUCAAAUGUAAACGACGAUGAGGAUGCUGAUGAACUUUUUUAUAAAACUUCACUACUUCUUGGUAAAAGUGCAAAACCACCAGAAAAAUCUGAACGAGCUAGAACAGCAGUAUCUCGAUCGAAAUCUGCUUUUGUUCCAAACAUAAUCAGAUGUAUUAUAAUUCCUUCUACAUUGACAAUUACAAAUAUACAUAUUGGAGAUAAAUUAACAACAUUUCAAAUGAUUCCAAAAUGGUUUGAGCCUGAUGAUCGUGAAGAAGCAAUUAAAGAUAUUGUGUAUCCAAACAAUGUUUCUGACAAAGAACCAUACGAAACAGUGGCACGCUUUCGAGCAGCAACUGAUAAAUCAACAAAUUUCUAUCAACAACCAUUAGAUGUAGGCGAACAAUCCACGGAAACUCUUAUACUUUCACUCAAUGCAUUUGCUAAACAAUUUGGUGGUGAAUUAAGUUUUACAGACAAAAACUUAUCAUUUGAAGAUAGCACUGAACAAAUGGCUUGUGGUAUAGCUAAUAUGGGCAGUGUUCAUCUACUUGCUACUGAUUCUUUGCCAACAGCUAUAUUUAAUUUUAACGUUAGCUUUGACUACAACAGAGAUCUCGCUCGAUCACCGGACACAAUGGCAAAUUUCAUUUUUAAUUUUUCGACAGCUAUCGCUAAUGUAUUAGGAUGCCAAAAUGAUUAUGUUCGUGUCUUUUCAGUAAGAAAGUCCAAGAAUGAUGCUGGUACUUCUGUAGUCAAAUGCGGUUUAACUAUACCAGAUCCAAAUGAAACAAAAAGAUUAGCUCAUGAUUUACAGGGUAUGCUUCAAUAUGGAUUGAGAGGCGAUAAAGUUCUUCGUUAUAUUAAACCGGCCCGUUAUGACUAUAAAUGGCAAUCAGUUUUAUCUUAUUUACAAUUGAAACCGAGUGAUUUCGAUCCACGGUAUAAUCUUGAUUAUGCCAAAGCUGGUAUGCCAAGACAGCAAAUGCGUGGUAAUGAACCCUAUUUUUUGCCACUUGAUUGGUAUCGUCAUGGACUUAAUGUUACUGAUAAAUACGGAAGUGAUAAUGUAUGGCUCGGUGCAACUAAUGCUGCUGGUGAAUGGCCUGUUGCUUUUCAUGGUACUAAUUCAGGUGCAGUUAGUAGUAUAACUCAAAAUGGCUUAUCAGUUGGUGCUGCUAAAAGAGAUCUUAUGCAGGAAGAAGCUGUUCAACAAUUAGGAGCGGCAGCAGAAGGAACAGGACUCUAUCUAGCAACGUAUUGUAACAAUGGUUCUUAUCCUCAAUAUACAGCACCGUUUACCGUAACAACAGGUGACAUAACGGAAACCUUUUGUGUUGUUUUUCAAUGUCGAGUACGACCAAAUUCAUAUUCCAUACACACUCGUUGUGUUAUCGAGGGCAAUGCCUGGCGUGUUAUUGAUCCAACCGCAAUUCGACCAUAUGGAUUAUUACUUAAAAAACACGAGGAAAAUAAAUAA